UAUGAUUGGUCGCGAGCGGUGAUUGACACGCUAGCCAGCCACUGACGUUAGCGGCUGUGAAUUCCUUCCCGUUAGUGUACCACCCCUGCAACGCAUCACGUGAUUGGUUGAAACCACACCGGCCUCCGCUCCGGUAAAUAUGGCGGAGGUCAGCUUGAGGUUGUUACGGAGUAAAGCUCGCCACCGUUUAGUAGAAGAGAGGAUUGCGUGUGGCGGGAAACAUGCCUGCAUGUUGGUCCUACCAUUUGUGGCACCCAGUGAGCCUAUUAACGCUGAUACCAACUUUAGGAUGCAGUUAUAUACAUUGUGGCCCUCAGGGGCCCCCGGGAGCCGGACUGUAAAGCCCAGACAGGGGGUGCGUGUGUAUUCUCAAUGGACUGGAUCCAGAGCCUACUAUCACCAAAAUGGCAGUCGCAGAAAUGGCACCCAGGGCGUGGAGUCUUCUCUAUAUAAGAGCCGCACUGCGUACUACGACAUCUUGGAGGUGACGGGUAACGCCACACAAUCCCAGAUCAAGACGGCCUAUUACAAGCAGUCCUUCCGCUACCACCCAGACCGGAACGCUGGGAGCGAGGACGCUGCCAGGCAGUUUGGGCACGUGACGGAGGCCUACCACGUGCUGGGCAGCGUCAGCCUAAGGAAGAAGUACGACCGUGGCCUCUUGAGCCUGGAAGACGUCCGCUCCGCCAAGAAACCUAGCGGGAAGAGCAGUAGCCCUUCACGUAAAGAAGCCGGUGGCCAGAGAGACGCGUCCUCAUCCUCCAGGACCCCCGCCAAGCCCAUGUUUGAUUUUGACGCCUUCUACCAGGCCCACUACGGGGAGCAGCUGGCCCGGGAGCAGCUGUGGAAGGCACGGAGGGAGCACAUAGAGAAGAUGAAGAAGCAGGAGAAGAACAUGGCCUUCCAGUUCAACAAGCUGGGCGAGGUGUCCGCUCUGCUGCUCGUUGUGUCCGCCGCCGCUCUGGUCCUGUUGCUACGAUAAAGACAAUUUCUCCAUGAUAUCGUAUACAAGAAGAAACGUCGUGGGAAUGGUUUAAACCAGUGUUUGCCAAGCAGGAUACCUCUAGCUGUUGCAAAACUACAACUCCCUGCAUGCCCGGACAGCCUUUGGCUGUCCGGGCAUGCAGGGAGUUGUAGUUUUGCAACAGUUGGAGGCUCCUUGGUUGGGGAAACACUGGUUGAAACCAGUAAACCAGGUUUUCCAAUGGCAGUUUUGGCUUAUAAUGAAUGGGGGAAUCAUAAGUGUAUGUGGAUGUUUCCAUACCUCUUGUUCAUUUUAAUGCAAAGUGACCCAGCUUGGGCUAAGUUCACACUGCUGUUAUGCUUCAUCCCAUUCUUGGUCUGUUUAUUUGCUGCCGAACAGACCUAGAACGAGUCAGGGCACAAUGGACACCACUGACGGAUCCCGUUGACUUAUAUGGGGUCUGGCAGGGAUCCAGUAUUUUACAAGUUGAGCGGAGGAAAACAAAUAGGACAUGCACUAUUAUUUUAUUUUUUUUCCUUCGCUCAACCCAGUCAUUACGGUAAACUGGCCGACAGAGCUCUAUUUACUAGAGCACAAAGGCAGUGUGAACAAGCCCCUCUCUGGUGAUAAUGUAAAGUGAGGGCCCCCGGUGUCCAGAUUGUCUAGACAUAAGCCGGCAAGACAUUCAUUGCACAUACAAUUGAAUGUAUUCUAAUUGACGGGUGUAAAGAAUCCCUUUUUAAGGGUUUUUCCAAUAUUAGAAAACGUGGCUGCUUUCUACCACAUCAGAUUGUAGUUCACCCUUUUGGAAGUGAACGGGCCUGUGUGGCAAUACCUUACAUAACCUUAUUGUGUGUAACGCCUAGAUAAAGUGAAGGGACAUAAUUUACAUCAUCCUGUUUCUGAGCUUUCCCUGGGCCAUGACCAUAGUUCUUGUAAUCGGGUUUUGCACAUUGUUUAAAAAAAAAUACAGCAGCAGAAUUCUGAUUUUAUUGUUAUAAAUUGUGAUCUGUAGAAAUGUUCUUAAAAGGGAUACUUUUUUUUUUAAUUUUUUUUUUUUAUUAACUGGUACCAGAAAGUUAAACAGAUUUGUAAAUUACUUCUAUUAAAAAAUCUUAAUCCUUCCAGUACUUAUUAGUUGCUGAAUUCUACAGAGGAAAUUCUUUUCUUUUUGGAACACGGCUCUCUGCUGACAUCUCUGUCCGUUUUAAGAACUGACCAGAGUAGGAGAAAAUCCCCAUAGCAAACAUAUGCUGCUCUGGACAGUUCCUAAAAUGAAUUGAGAUGUCAGCAUAGAGCACUGUGGUCAUGAUGUCAGCAGACAGUUCUAUGUUCCAAAAAGAAAAGAAUUUCCUCUGUAGUAUUCAGCAACUA